GUCAGAUCAGCUCCACUUGUAUUGUGGAGAAUAUGCACGACGCUAAGUCCCUUCUGGAUCUGUGGGAGAAUCUCAGGCAUCCAAGCGUGUUCAAUCGCAUCUGGCCUCUGGGAUCCCUUGUUGUGGAUGACAUAAGGCAGGAUCAUUCGUUUGUGAAAGAGAGGUUUGAGGAAGGAUCCGUGGUUCUUCCUCUUGAUUUACUCGAGUUUGAUCCUCGCUUUCUUCCAGCACUUGCAAAGCUUUUCAGCGGCUUCGUUAUUGCAAUGGACGACUCUGUGGCAGCUGACCUUGCCUUAAAUCACGGCAUCCGGAGUGUGACACUUGAUGGAAAAGUUCACAAACGAGGCUUUCUUUCUGGCGGUUGGAGAGGUAGCAGAACUCCCCGGGUGAUGGUGACCAAGUUUGAACAUGACAGAGUUCAAAACCAGGUCAAGAGCACAGAAUUGUGCAUAGUACAGUCUGUUCAG